AUGUUAUUAAACGUUCAAACAGCAAAACAACAUUCGCUCACUCCAUUACCGUCAAUGUUCUAUCAAUCUCUACUAUAUUUAUCCCUCAUAGCUGUUUUGUCAGAUAUAUUUCUACCUGGUGCUGUAUAUGGUUUAAGUUCAACGGAAGUUGAUGAACAUUUAGAAAAAGGAAAAAAACUAUUAGCAGCUGGUCAACUAGCCGAUGCACUCUCUCACUUCCAUUCUGCUAUUGAUGGUGAUCCCAAAAAUUAUGUUGCUUAUUUUCGACGAGCAACCGUUUAUCUUGGGAUGGGAAAAUCAAAAUCAGCAUUACCCGAUUUGUCAAAAGUUGUUGAACUAAAACCAGAUUUUACAGCUGCUCGUAUACAACGUGCAAAUGUAUACCUUAAACAAGGUGAUUUUGAAGCAGCAAAAGAAGAUUUUGAAACAAUUCUGCAGACGGAGCCGAACAAUGAUGAUGCUCGUAAAAAUUCUGAAACUCUAUCAACUUUGAUCAAUGACGCUAAACAAGCUGAAAAAUAUUAUAAAGAAAAAAAAUAUUCUGAAGCAAUCGAUAUCUUAUCGAGAAUUAUCGAACAUUGUCCGUGGUCAAUCAAACUACGCGAAUUACGUGCCGAUAGUUAUUUAAAUGUAAAUGACUUUGCGAAAGCUGUCACAGACUUAAAAACAACAGCCAAACUAAUACCAGAUAAUACAGCAGCAUUUUUAAGAAUCAGUGAAUUAUUAUAUCAAAUGGGAGAAGCCGAAGACAGUUUAAAUAAUAUUCGUGAAUGUUUAAAAUUAGAUCCUGAUCAUAAACAAUGUCAUACUCAUUAUACAAAAAUCAAAAAAUUAGCAAAACAAAUAGAUUCCAUUAAAGAAUUUAUAAAUACACAAAAAUGGUCAGAUUGUAUUGAAAAAUCGAAACAAAUUUUAAAAUUAACUGAUUCACAAUCGGUAACAUUUGUCUAUAAAGCGAAAAACUAUAUGUGCACAUGUUAUUCUAAAUCAAAAGCCGUUAAAGAAAGCAUUAAAAUAUGUACAGAAAUUUUAGAUCAAUACCAAACGAAUGAUGUUGAUGCACUUGUAAAUCGUGCUGAAGCGUAUAUUCUUGAUGAGCAAUACGAGCUAGCAUUAAAGGAUUAUCAAAAAGCUCAUGAGUUUGACGAUAGUCAACGUAUUCAUGAUGGAAUAAAACGAAUACAAAAAUUAAUAAAACAAAGUAAAAAACGUGAUUAUUACAAAAUAUUAGGCAUACGACGAAGCGCAAAUAAAGCAGAAAUUCUAAGAGCAUACAGAAAACAUGCUAUUAAAUGGCAUCCAGAUAAAUAUGAAGGUGAAGAUAAGAAAAAAGCAGAAAAAAUGUUUAUUGAUAUAGCAGCAGCAAAAGAAGUGCUUACUGAUCCAGAAAAACGUGCUAAAUUUGAUAAUGGUGAAGAUCCGUUAGAUGCCGAAGAACAAGCGCAGCAAGGUGGUUUUAAUCCAUUUGGACAAGGCUUUAAUCCAUUCGGUGGAGGAAACGGUGGUGGCUUCACCUUUCGAUUCCAUUUUAAUUAG